CAACACUUUUUGAACUCAUGAUAGUUGCGUAAGUUGAGAAAGAUUUGCAUAGAAACAAAUUCGUUUCAGACAACAUACAGAAGAUGAAAAAGCAAAACCACGUGCACAUGAAAACCCUGUAUGGCAAGAAUACGCUUAAUAUUAAAAGCGUAUCUACGGUUACGAAAUGAAAAUACUGAGGGAAACCCUCAUGUAAAUGAUUGGUAAGGUAAAUAAUUAAAUUUCAUCCAAUUUCCUCGCCGGUAACGUGAUACAUUCAUUGUGGCAAAAUGUUACAUUAAUUUUUCAAUUACAACUCCCCCAACACAUCCUACCUCGAAUCAUCAUGCUGGGACAUGGGAAGAAUGUAUUUACCACAUUCCCCCGGCCACUUACCGAUUCUUGCCGUUAUGGAAUUAAGCUCAAACCGGUUCGAUGCUUUCCCAUCUCUGUCCUUGCCCGGUUUAUCCAUCCACCUUCAACCAUCCACGAUGGUAGGGAAUGCAACGGACCGGCGAAGGAGAUGAUUGCAGCCGGCUCUUUUACGAUCGCACACGUUGUAUUGUUCGUGCUGCUGUGUGUCUGCUUGCAUGUGAUUGCGUUCCGUCUGUGGCUGUCUGUAGCCAAUUGCAACUCAAUGAAACCUAAUGAAAUUAACCAACUUGCUGGGGCCGAUUUUCCACCGAAUCACUCGCGGAAAUGUGCGCGUCUGGGGUUUGCCUCCCACCUUUCCACUGGCCGACAGUCAAGCAUCGGGGCGUGGGUUGGAGUGUUGGAUCGCGUUGUUAAGACAGCCAGAGCUCCUUUCUCCAUAGCAAUGUGCUGCAUCUUUGCGACUCUCUUUGUGCCGAUCAGAUCUUUCUCUUUCUCUCUUUCUCUCUCUCAUUUCGAACCGAGAUCGACCGAGGUAGGGGUUUUGGCGCACCCAUUCGUGGGGUCUUAGUGCGUCGGUUCAGACACGAAUCCGUCGAGGUCGUCACCAGUUUUGUGAACGUGCGUGCACGUGAUGGAGCGCAGGAUGAAGCUGUAUAAACCGGCAUAAGCGGAUUAACUAACAAAUGAAUGUCCUCGUGAAGCAUUCACAUCGCGGCGGAACGUGGCUAGGACCGAUCGGCGUCUUGGCAGUUCUGCUGCUGGCAUUUUGUGUCACUCCAGGUCUUCCGGAGGGCAUCAAACUACCGGACCAAACAUCCAGAACAAACGACAAUGGUCCACCGGUGUCUGUCCAGCAGCAACCUGCAGUCGGUGAGGAACGGAGACAGGGUAAGAACCUGUUCGACUUCAUCGGUCUUGGAACGGGUGGCAAUGUCGAUCCGUAUCUGGCACGUACCAACACCCAAUGUUUGAACGGAGAGUUGGCCGAAUGCUUCAAGUCGCAGGCUCUUAAUACAUUUGGCGAGUUCUUCGAUAAGGAUCAAUAUCAACUCACCAGUGAUGCACGCAUUAUACGACUUCCGGAAACACAGCUACGAUCACUGGCACAGGAAGGGUACGAGUUUGUAGGCGAAUCCCGUCACAGUGACUCCGAGUGGGAGCUACUGUACAAGUACGCCCUGCGCCGUUUGGAACGGUUCGUCAAGUCAACGGCUUUGGAGUUCCAAAUGCCCGAUGAGCUUACGGAGGAGGGACGAUAUUCUGCCCGCUUUAUCGACGAAAUUUCCGACGAAAUCGAUGUGAUCGAGGACAAGAAAGCUCCACUGUUUACACGCCACCGGCUAAAGAAGAUCUUCAUUCCCCUGCUGCUGAUUCUGAAGGUGUUCAAGCUGAAGCUGCUGCUCUUCCUGCCACUCGUGCUCGGACUGGCCAGCUUCAAAAAGUUGCUCGGUUUUCUGGCCAUCGUUGUGCCGGGUGUGAUCGGAUAUCUGAAGCUGUUUAAACCACACCAAAGCUGCUGUACGAACGAUAUCUUCUCGGGCGGCUAUCAACCGCAAUAUUCGCCACAGGGAAUCGGUUCGAUCGGUUACAGCCCGUACAAAGAGUUCACUGGGCAGCACUAUUCGCGACCAGAGGGGGGAUAUGCUUCACCGUACAGCAACUACUACCGUGAGUCGGGCCGAACAGAUGUUCAGGGAAGCAACGUGAAGUUUGGAGAUGAUCUCGCCUACCAAGGCUACUCGGAGUAUCGCAGUGGUGGCAAGGAUGUGAAGGCAGAAAUCUGAAGAGGUAGCGAAAAAAGAAGACCUUUGUUGUCAUAUUGUAUAUCAUGCAUCAAACCGUGUUCAUCCCUGCAUGUUAAUGCCAUGCUAGUGUAAAUAUUUAUGACAAUUAAAAUAAAUUAAUUAACCAUUCUA